AUGAACGCAUUCUCCGCACUAGCUGAUUUGGAUCCAAACUCAGAUGGCGAAGGAGAGGAUGACUAUUCAUCAAAUUUGACGCCCACUUCACUAUCUCAAACUAGUUCAGGGUACAGUCCUCCUUCCGAACAGAUACAUCAGGUCGAUAUAGAAGAGGAUAACAACCCAUUUGUAGGAACUAAUCAUCUCUAUGCCUCUGGGAUUGCUACGGUGAAUUCGCCUGAUAUGAAUACACAUUUGGACACCAAUGCAUUUACAGAUAACAUAUUCUUACCUGACCCUCUGGAAGAAGAGGAACAAGAAGACGGGGAGGAGGAACUACCAACAACAACAACAGAAGAACAUUCCUCAUAUCAUAUAAAUGUUUCUCCAUCAAAUUAUAACUAUAAUAAGAGCGUUAUCAAUAGCCAUUUGGACGAGCCAUUUGAAACCUUGUCAAUAUCCAUGGCUAAUUCAGCACCAAACAGUAAUAACUACGAUGAUGUUGACACUGAUGAUUCAAAGAUUCAAAUCAUUGAAAGCGGGGAUUAUAAGGACCCUUGGGGAAAACACGCCAUUGGAUAUUGCAUUCAAUUUAAUAAAAAGAGAGUAACGAGAAGAUAUUCGGAAUUUGACUCACUAUAUCAAGUCUUGAAACGACUAUUGCCUACUAUUGUAAUUCCACCCAUACCAACGAAACAUCCACUAAUUAAUUACUUAAUUAAUCCAAUAAAUGUCAACAAUGACACUAAGAUAAUUGACAAGAGGAAAAGGAAAUUUAAUUCAUUCUUAAAUAAUUGUAAUGAUAUCCCAGAGAUUAGAAAUCAUGUGGUGUUCCAAAAAUUUUUAAAUUCAGAAUAUACUUGGAAGGAUAUAUUAAACUCUUCACCAAUUAUAAUACUCCCUCUAAAUAACCUUUUAGCACCACCAUUAAAUCCAGUAAAACCAAGCCCCUUACAUUUAUUAUUACCAGCACCAACAACGUUAACCAGACUUGAUACGACGUUAAUUACAGAUGCAAAUUUACACAUGAGGAAUAUUGAAUUUCAUAAACUAGAAAAAUUCCUUUUCGAUUAUAAAACAAGUUUAUUACCCAUUUAUCAAACAAUAAAAUCAAACAAAUCGAACUUAAACUCAUUAGCAAGUUAUUUGACAAAAUUGGGUGCAUAUUAUAAUGCGUUUAGUUUGGAAAACAAUGUCAUAUUAAAUGAUAGUAAUUCUAAUUUAUUAAAACAAUUAUCUCGUGGAAUUGAAAAAAUUGGUCAAGCAUUUGAUAUUAAUUACGUUACUUUGGAGAUAUUAACUAACAAGAUUAAUUGUGUUAUGGAAGAACCCAUUGAAGAAAUGCUAAGAUUUUUGGAUAACUCAUUUAAAGUGUUGACAUUUAGGAAACUGAAAUUAUUACAGUACCAAAUAAUCAUGACCACCAUUAAGAAGAGAGAAUCAAGAAUUAAAUUAAUAAAUGAGAGCGAAGACCAAUUUAAACGAAUGCAGGAAUCAAUUACAACAUCACCAAGAAAAUCUACCAAUAGUUCCCAAGAUAUAGAGACAAAUAACGACACAACUACCAAUUCUACUUCAAUUUUAUUAAAUGCACAAUUACAAAAGAGGCGAAAUAAGGAAAGAGCUAAGAAUAUGAAUAGAUUGAAUGAAAUUGAUCCCUAUUUACUCACAGAAUUUGAAAGAAAAGAAGAACUAGAAAAAUUAGAGAAAGAACUGGAGAAAUUGAAACAAUGUUUCAAUUUAAUAAACAGGGACAUAAAUGAAGUCAAUGAGUCCAUGUCAAGGAACUUAACUUCCAUGUUACAUUAUUUGAAUAAAAAAUGGGACUUCAUACUGAAUAAUAUAUCACAAGCCAUCAUUGCUACCUUAACUGAAAGUUUAACUGCUUGGAAGAAUGCUAAACAGGAAAUAGAUAAAAUAAUUACAUAA